AUGGGCACUGCUCUGUGUAAAAGAUAUUGUGCUUUCUGCCCUUGCCGCUGCUGUCGAUUUAAUUCUAAUGAUAGCAAUGAAGGGACUUCAAAUCCAAACCAUACAGGCGGUUUAUUUUAUGCAAACCAACAUGCUCGGCAGUCUCGCUAUGUCACGCUCUACAGUUACAAGCCCCGCACUUCAACCGACCUCCCGGUCAAAGAAGGGGAAGAGAUUGAAAUUUUGAGCAAAGAAGGCGAAUGGACAUUGGUCCAAAAAGUAGAAGAACGUGGUGCAGAGAAGCUGGUGAAGGAAGGUUACGUGCCUUCAAGCUUCGUCGCCGAAGUGGGGAGCCUGGCUGCUGCACGGUGGUUUUUUGGCAGAAUGAUUCACGUAGAUGUAAAGAGGUGUCUGCUGCGAGAUGAAAACCAAAACGGUUCUUUCCUAGUUUGGCAGAAUAAGGAAAUGGAUGACCUUUAUUUCCUGUCAGUGCGUUAUGGUGACAUAGUAAAACACUACAGAAUCACUGAAGAAGCAAAUUUUCAGAAUUUGUCCCGACUAAUCAAUCAAUGCUCAAAGGAGGCAGGGUGCUUGUGUACAAGAUUAACUGAACCAUGUAUAAAGCUUGAUCGCCCAUCCAUUUGCACUUUAGCUCACAUUGCUGAAUGGGAAAUCCAACACGCCUCGCUUCAGAAAAAGCAGUUGAUAGGGAGUGGUCAAUUCGGAGAAGUGUGGGAAGGCAUCUGGAAUGGCACAACUGAAGUGGCAAUCAAAGAGCUGAAAGGAGGUUAG